UCUCCCCUCCUUCUCAGCGCGUCUGCACCCACCCGGGUCAGUGCGAGCUCGGUGGCUGCCGGCUCGCCACAGACGCCAUGCACCGGCUCCUGUCAGCCGUAACGGCCCGAGCCGCGACGCGCGGGGUGUGGGCUUGGGGCUGCGGGCGGCGCGGGGCUCACCAGCGCGCCAGGCUGCCGCAGCUCGGCCCCGGCUGGGUCGGGGGCCUGGGGCUGGGGCUGGGGCUGGCGCUCGGGGUGAAGCUGGCGGGCGGGCUUAGGGGCGCAGUCCCCACGCCGCCCCCCGCGGCCCCCGACCCUGAGGCGUCGCCUCAAGCCGAGCGGCCGCCGCCGCCAGAGGAGUCCCUCGCCGGGUGGUCUCCGCAAACCCCGGUGCCACCCAUCUCCAGGCGUUUCGCCAGAGCCAUCGACAGCAGCCGUGACCUGCUGCACAGGAUUAAGGAUGAGGUGGGCGCCCCUGGCAUAGUGGUUGGAGUCUCUGUAGAUGGAAAAGAAGUCUGGUCAGAAGGUAGGCUCAGAAAAGUGUUCUUCAGUGGCUUGUUUUGUGCCAAUUGGUGAAUGAAAUCUUGCUGUUUUACUGCUUGGAG